UUGGAGUAUUUUGGCGACUCUUCCUGCUGUCACAGAAACCGAGUGGGUUUUUAGUAUUUGCUCAGUUUUUAUCCCGAAGCCGGUGAGAAUGGGGGGYAAUGGGAGCACAGAGAGGAACGUGUCAUUUGGACUGGACGAAAACGACAAGGUCACAGUUAUUGAAGGAGUGAAGAUUUCAGGAGAUGUCCUCCGGUGGAUGAGGGGAUCUCAGGGAUCGGAAAGCACGAAGCCGAUGACACCUCCACAAAAUCAAAAACCUGAAGGACCAUCAACAACAGAGAUCCAGGAAGAAAUGCGCAAAAACUUUGAGCGUCAGCGGGCUCUGGUUCAGGAGCAGCUGGACAAACUGGCCCAGAGGGAAAGAGAGGCUGCAGCCAUCACUAACCUGAGUGAGCUGACCCCUGCCCUCAUCGUGCAGAAACAGAAGGUCCGCGAAGAGCAGGAAAAGGCUAAAUUACUGCCAGCAGAUUUGGAUGCAUGGGCCAAACAACUGGAUCGGAAAGAAAAGGAGCUGGCCACCAUUUCCAGUUUCUACAAAGAACAAUUAGAAAUACUGGAGAAAAAGAGUUUUGACAACUACAAGCAGACAGUUGAAGAGUAUGACCAGGCAGCAGCGAAAACUGAAGCUCAUAUCCGUGCCCGACCAAKUGCGUCUGUGUGUGGUGAGCUGCAGGCCAAGGUGCUCCAGUGUUACAAAGAAAACCCACAGCAGACCCUGAGCUGUUCCAGCCUGGCCAAACAGUACAUGAUCUGUGUUCAGCAAGCAAAGAAGAGCUCUUUGACAAAUCAUGGCUGAGAGAUGCAAAGAAUGCAGAAGCGAGUGGAGAAGAAGUGAAGAGAGAAGAAAGCGCAUCAAAUCCGUCCAUUUUUUUAUUUAUUUUUCUCUCCGUCUCUCCUCUCUGUCCAGCCAAUCAUUUGGGCCACCAUGAUGGAAAAACUCUUACCUCCACCCAAAUCACAGUUUUUCUUCUUUUUUUCUGUAUUGCCUUGACUUGUCACUUCAGAGUGUAAGAUGAGUUGAUUUAUUGUCAACGUGUGCCAGAGCUCCCCUGCUGCUGCUGCUGAAAUAAAUUCCAGUGAUCCGGUGGUGAUGAGACUGUAA